UCGCUUCCGGCGCUGCAGCAAAUAAUAGCGGAUCGCGUUCGAAUUGUGCAGCAUAGAGCAUAAAUAUUUAAGAUAGCACUUGGCUCGUGGAAGAUGCAGUGGCACAAGCGCAGGGCGAAGUAAAAAUAUGGCCAGCAAAUUAUGUCAUAAAUGUGAAAGUGUUUUCAGUUGCGCUGCAACAACAAAAUCAAAUCGCAGAACUGCAGCCACAACAACACCAACUGCGGCACGCAUGUGAAGAAGGAGUACGAGUGGGUAGAAAAAAAUCAAUUGAGAAGGAAAAUUGCAUUUUCGUCGCCGCGGUCGAAACGAAAAUAAGUGAAAGAAAAGUGAAAUAUAUAUAUGUACAUAUAUAAAUAUACAUAUAUAUAAAGUGCGUUCGGGGUGUGUAAGUGUGCGUAAGGAAACCGAGGAGAAGAAGAAGCAGCAGUAGCCAGCAGCAGAAAUAGCAAAAGGAGACAAGAGCCACAACACCAACAACAACAACACCGAGAGAAAACCCGCCAGCAGCAACAACAAAAACAACAAUCAAAACGAGCAGCAGCCUAAUAAAGAGCAGAGAAAAAAUGAGUUCAAGUUGUGAAAGAAUAGAAUGGGUAGAAAUAAUCGAGCCACGGACCAAGGACCACAUGUACGCCAAUCUCACCACCGGCGAAUGUGUUUGGGAUCCACCAGAAGAUGUGCCAAUUAAGCGAACCGACUCAUCGCAGUGGUGGGAACUGUUCGAUACGAAUACCCAGAGGUUCUACUACUACAAUGCGGCCACGCAGAAGACCGUGUGGCACCGGCCGAGCAAGUGCGACAUCAUUCCGCUGGCCAAGCUCCAGACCCUCAAACAGAACACCGAUCCCAGCGAGCGUCGCGAACAGACCACGCCUCAGAAACACGCUCCUGCCCAGCAGCAGCAACCUCCUCAGCAACAGGCACAGAAUCUCCCCCAGCAACAGCAACCGUCACCCAUGUCGGGGCCGAACAAAAAGGGACGCAGCCAGCAGAGGAUCAGCGGUGGGAAUGGGGCGGUGGCCAGCUCCGAAGAGAAGCUGGCCAGCAGCGAAGUGAUCUCUAGUCCGCGGGGCCGCCAGAGCUUUCGCGUCGGCACGGGUGACUCAUCCCGCUCCAUGGAUACUCAGCAGCAGCAGCAGCAUCCCCAGGCCUACGGUUCCAGGCGUUCGCAAGACUCCUGCAACCAUUACAAGGAGUCGGGAAAGUCCAGCGACUCGAGCCUGUCCAGUGCGCAUGGCUACAGGCGCUUCAAUGACGGUAGCGGCGGUGGUGGUACUCCGGACAACCUGCGCCUGAGCUCCCUGCAGAAGCACCAACGUGGCGGCGGCGGCGGCAAGGACAAUGGAGCCUUUGAGAUGUUGCAAGAGAGCACCAGCUCGCACAACCUGCCGCAUGGUAGCACCUCCACAUCCUCAUCCUAUGCCGGUGGCAGUGGCUAUGGGGACAAGUACUUCGAUCAUCAGCUGCUGCCCAACCACAUUCAGGGCUACUCCUCCAAGUCGUCCGACAUCGCCUCACCCACUCACUCCAUUCAUACGCCGCAGUCCCAGAAGAAGAAGGUGUCGCCAGAUGCAUCCGCUCCACCGGCCAUGUACAACUACGCACAACAGCAGCACCAGCAGAGAAGCGCACAACGCAGCGGAGGAGGAGGAGGAGGAGGCGGCGGAAGCAGUGGAGCCCCUGCCGGCAAGUCCUACACAGGAGAUCGCGAGUACAAGGUGUCGCUGGCAAGGUCUGGCAGCUUCAUGUCCUCCUCGAUCAACCCUGCCGCCGCCGGACACCACAGCAAAUCCUAUCGCAAGAGCAGCGCCGAGGCAGCCAACGGAGGAGCGGCCAGCGAUGACUCGAUGCAUGAAAAGUACUUCAAGUCGGUGGAGAACACGCCGCUCUCCCGCCGCCGUCACACCACCAAUGCCUCGAAGAGUGGCGGCAGCGGCGGUGGAACCGGAGGCGCCAGUGGCAGCAACACGGCCACGAGCACGGCGGGCAGCGGAAGCAGCAGCCACAAGAAGCACUCGAGUGACUCGAGCCCACAGAGUCCGAUCAGUCCGCAGACGAAGAGCUCGCGGCAGGCGAAGACGAGUGCCACCAGUGCGCUGCCCCAGCUGCAGCUGCAGCACUCGCCGCGGCUGCAAGAGCCCAGCCACAGCCUGGAUCUGCACAGCCUGAGGAUAUCGAUGGGAAAGACAGGUCCGAUUUCGCCAGGCGGCAAUCCCGAGAAUCUCGGUCUAAUGACACAUUCUUCGCGCGGCUCCAACGACUCUGCCCGGCAGCGCCAGAAGUCCAACAACUCCACCGCGAAUCGGUCCCAGACACACCACUAUCCGGAACAGGGAUCUUUGCGGCACAGCGCCAGCUCCAGUCUGGACAAGAGAGGUUACCAUGGUGGCGGGUCGGGCCCAGGAGCUGGAGGUGGGGGUGAGAAGCGAAGGUCCAAGCAGCAUCACUACCCCCAGCAUGCGGACAACAGCGAUGUGGAGUACGAUAAUGGAAACAUCUCGCCCCUGUACACCAACUGGGAUCAGGAGAUGCCGCAUCUCCUGCCCCUGAAGCACUACAUCCUGGAACAGGCCAAGCUCUCGGGGCGCUAUGACUACCGCGGUGGCGACGGAGGCGACUCGGACUCGUACCAUUCGGACAGCCAAUCCGAGCACUCGCUGUCCGGCCAUGAGCCCGACAACGAGGACUCCGACGGCGGAUCGGACACACAUGGCGGAUACCUGGAGCACAACUACGGCAUGAUCGACGACUAUGCCAAUAUGGGCGACAGCGUGUCCUACUAUGCCUAUCAGGGUCCUCCGUACGACUUCGCCGCCAGAGAGGAUAUCUCCGACAACGUAGAAGCUGUGCUUGAGGGGAUCGGCGGAAAUGUCGCCGCAGAAUCCUCGCCGGCUGCUGCUCCCAAGCCAAAGCCCCGCUACCAGAUCUCAUACUAUGACACCGUGUCGCACAGUCCUGGCGGCGGUUACCACGGCCAGCAGCUGUACUCGAAUACUCCGCCGUACUCCAGUCACGGCCAUGGGGGCCACCACGUACCGCCGCCGACGCUGCCCAACCAGCAGCCCCACCACCAUCAACAGCUUCACUUGGAUCCCAGCGACCCCAAGCAGACUCAGUCCCAAACGUUGCCCUCGCCCAACCGCCAGAUAUCGCGGCUGGCUGGAGCCGGGCACCAGGGUGCGGGACCGGGAUCUAGACUGGGACCGGGAGCCGCCACAUCAACCAAAGAAGAUAUUAUGGGUCAGCAGGAGGCUCGGGUGGGGGGAGCGCCGGCCAGCCUAUCUCGGGCAAGUCACAAGCUGGCGCCGCCUUCGCUGAAGCCCACCAUUCAGCAGAUAUUCCCGCCCAGCGACCGGGCACCGGGCAUGGGCGCCACCCUGGCGUGUAUGAAGGAAUGUGAUAUCGAGAAGUUCGCCGCCGACAAUCUGAAUCUGCACUCGAAGGGCCUCUUCCGGAAGAAGGCCUCGGUUCGGGACAUGCUGAGCUGGACAGCGGAAGCCAUAAGCAGACCCAUGCUGGCCCUGUCCAGGGACAAGGCGGACAAAAAGACGGCCAUCGAAAUAUUCAAGCUGGUCCAGAUCUACAUGGCGGAUCGCAAGGCGCGCUCGGGCAUGACCCUGAACUCGGUGGCGAUCGAUAUCAUCUGCGCCUCCUUGCCGCAGCAGCAAUUAAGGGAUGAGUUGUACGUCCAGUUGUGUCGACAAACUACGGAGAAUCCCAAGCGAGAAUCGCUUAUCCGAGGAUGGGAACUGAUGGCCAUAUGUCUCUCCUUUGUGCCGCCCUCCUUGACGUUCCAGCCCACUCUGCUGAACUAUGUGAAUCGACAUCGCGAUCCCUCGUUCGGCACCAGCUUCAUGGAGGUGAGCAAAUGGCCCAUUCACGUGCAGAUCUCCCACUACGCCACCGUCUGUUGUCGUCGCUUGGAUCGCAUCGGCAGCAGCGGACGCAGACUGGCCAAGAAGCCCACAGAGGACGAGGUGGAACAGGCUCGGCAACAAAUCCUGCGGAAUAGCAUGUUUGGCAACACGCUGUCCGAGGUGAUGGAUCUGCAAAAGGACAAGUUUCCCUUCCGCAAGCUGCCCUGGAUUCAGACCACGCUGUCCGAGCAUGUACUGCUUCUUAAUGGAAAGCAAACCGAGGGUAUCUUUCGUGUCUCUGCGGAUGUGGAUGAGGUUAACUGCAUGAAGAAUCGACUGGAUCGGUGGGAUGUUCCUGACUAUAAAAACACACUGGUUGAUGCCCAUGCGCCAGCCAGUCUGCUUAAGCUGUGGUACCGAGAGCUGUACGAUCCGCUCAUACCGGAUGCCUACUAUGAGGAUUGCGUUAACACCGAGGAUCCCGAUAAAGCCAAAGAAAUAGUUAAUAAGUUGCCUGAAAUUAAUCAGUUGGUUCUAACGUAUCUAAUACAUUUUCUGCAACAAUUCUCCAACCCCGAGGUGGUGAGCUGCACCAAAAUGGACUCCUCGAAUCUGGCCAUGGUGUUUGCGCCGAAUUGCCUGCGCUGCACGUCCGAGGACCCCAAGGUGAUACUGGAGAAUGCGCGCAAGGAGAUGUCCUUCAUGCGCACCCUUAUCCAGCACAUGGACACGUCGCACGUCUCCAACCUGGUCUAAAGC